UAAGGUGUUACAAAUUUAAGUCACCUUAUCUGAUUAGUGGUGUUUGGCGGAGGAACUUAAAUAAAAUUUAAGUCCAAAACUUGACUGAAAUUGAGUUGGAGUAAAAUAUAGCGUCUGAGAUCAGGUGCUGAAAUUUUUUUAUUUGUUUUAUUUUCUUUUUAUCUUUUUAAGCCUAAUACGAUAUUUUCUUUUAUUUUUUUAAGCCUAAAAAGAUAUUUCAUCUAUAGUCAUAAAUAAUUUUACCAAACAGGUUAUGUAAUCAGCUCGCUUAUCAGUUUCAGCACCUUAACAAUUUCAGCUGUUACCUAAUCAAUUUCAGCCACCUUAUCAGUUUCAGCUCCAUUUCAGUCAGUGUUGCCAAAUAUAGCCUUAGCCAAACAUGUUGAAUGAGGCGCGAGCAACUUACAUUUGGUUUUUUUUUCCUUGAUUUUUCGUUGACAUUUUUUGUCCACGUUUUUUGUGGAAUCUUCACAAUUUAUAAUAUAGAGAUAAUACUUCCUUACAAGUUACAACUUACAAUACCUCAUCACCAUUCACCACAAUUCAAUAGUCAAUAAUACAACUAACGAAACCUUUGUUUUGCUUGGUAUCCUUUCUUAUUUUCCAUCACUUUCCGAAAAAAGAGUACAAAAACAAUGGUUGAUCUCGGAACUGCGGUUGCUGCAAAACUCAUAGAAGUGAUUGGGGGUAAGACCAUCCAAACCAUUUGCGACAUAUGGGACUUCAAAUCUCAGCUUGAAGAGCUCAAACAAAAUGUCUCAACCAUUCAGACUGUGCUCCUUGAUGCGGAGGCCAAACAAGAGCUGUCCAACGAAGAACAAGACUUCGUCGAGAGGCUCAAAGAUGCUGUUUAUGAUGCUGAUGAUCUAUUUGAUGAGCUUCUCACACUUGCGGAGCUUCAGCAACUUAAAGGUCCGUUGAGCAAGCGCGGUAAGUUGUAUGAAAAGGUACGGUGCUUAUUCUCUUCUAAGAACCAAGUGGGUCAAGCUUACAGGAUAUCUCGUGAGGUUAAGAAAAUUAUGAAGAGGUUAGAUGUUAUUGUCCAUACCCAUAAAAAAUAUAGGUUGAAUGUUGAUCACAAACCUAUUAGAAUGAGAAGGGAAGAAUCACAUUCUUAUGUCAUAGAGAAGCAAGUUAUUGGGAGGGAGAAGGAUAAGGAGGUCAUUUUGAAUAUGUUGUUAGAUCAUAGUAAUAAAAAGGAAGAUCAUGAUAUUUUUGUUGUAUCUAUAGUGGGAGUAGGAGGGUUGGGAAAAACUACUGUCGCGCAACUUGUGUAUGAUCAUGACAGUGUUAAAGAGGAGUUUGGAACUAGGAUUUGGGUUUGUGUCUCUGAUGAAGUUGGUGGGAAAUUUGAUGUUAGCGAAAUCCUUUGUAAGAUUCUAGAUUCGAUUACUGGGAAGAAUUUUGAUCGGACCUCAUCGAUGCAAGUGAUUCAAGAGAAAUUUCAAGAGGAAUUAAAAGGAAAGAAGUACUUACUUGUUCUUGAUGAUAUAUGGAAUGAGGACCGUGAGAUGUGGCUUAAGUUGGAAAUAUUCUUGACGUUAGGUCAUGGAGGAAGUAGAAUUGUUGUAACAACACGUUCAAAAACAACAGCAAAUAUCAUACGAAGCAAACACACACACGAGUUAAAAGGUUUGUCCUAUGAGUAUUCAUGGCAGCUUUUCGAGUUGAUGGCAUUUAACGAAGGGCAUGAAACAAAAAACUACCAUGAAUUAGUUGAGAUCGGGAAAACUAUUGUUAAAAAAUGUCAUGGAAGUCCUCUUGCUAUAAGGGUAGUAGGGAGUAUGUUGUUUGGUCAAGACAUUAGUAAGUGGCGAUCAUUUUUAGACAUUGGAUUAGCGGAAAUUAAGAAGGGCGAUAAUGCUAUAAUGUCUGUCUUAAAGGUUAGUUACCAUAAUCUUGCACCUUCAUUGAAGACUUGCUUUAGUUAUUGUUCGGUGUUUCCAAAGGAUUCUAAAAUAGAGAGGGAGAUUUUGAUAAGCCUUUGGAUAGCCCAAGGAUUUAUUGUCUCAUUGGACAAAGGCCAAAGUUUAGAAGAUGCUGCGGAGGAACAUUUUUUAAUUUUGUUGCGCAGAUGUUUUUUCGAAGGAGUGAGUGAUGAUCUAGGUGCACCUAUUAAAAUCCAUGACCUGUUGCACGAUGUUGCUCAAGAAGUGGUGAGUGGGGAAAUUUGUGUGGUGAACUCUAUUACGAAUAACUUGAAAGAUAAAGUUCGACAUGUGCAUUAUAUUGGUGAAAAAUGUCCACAAAAUAGCUUUAUCGGUAGUAGUAAGAUUCGUUCGUUCUUUUGUUUGUGUAAGGAGACACCUUUUGCGGUGGAUACGUAUGUAGAAAAGUGGAUGUUCCUAAGGGUGUUAGACUUGUCUAGUUUAGGUAUCAGAAGUUUGCCAGGUUCAAUAGGUAAGUUGUUGCAUAUAAGAUAUCUUAAUAUGUCUUAUAAUGAAGACCUUGUGGGAAUCCCGGAUGCGAUCAAAAAACUACAUAAUUUGCAGACUUUAAUUUUACGUGGCUGCAAAAGUUUGAGUGAGUUGCCAAAAGAUUUUAGCCAAUUGGUUAAACUUCGUCACUUGGAUUUAAGUGGUUGUGAUAAGUUCAUUUGUAUGCCUUGGGGCAUGGAUAAGCUAACUAGUCUUAAAGUGCUACCAAACUUCAUGGUGGGAAGGAAAAAUUCAACUGAGGCACAAACUGAUCACGAUGAGCUCAAAGCCCUGAAAUGUCUCACCGAGAUAAGAGGAGAGCUUAGCAUCAAAAUUGGUGAACAUUAUAGAAGACCAGAAGGCAUGAUUGAGAGUAGCGGCGGGUAUUUGAAGAGCAUGAAACAUCUGACGAGAGUUGAGAUCUCAUUUGAGAAUAAACCCGGUAGAUGUGUAGACCAUGAUGAAGCUGCAAUGGAAGCCUUGGAUCCGCCUUCAAAUCUGAAGCGAUUAACCAUCUACAACUACAAAGGCACAACAAUUCCAAGUUGGGGAAGAGCAGUCGAUAACUGGGCGGUCUCCCUCUUUAGGCUUGUCGAUAUAUCUCUUCAAGGUUGUUCAAAUCUACAAGAGAUGCCUAUACUGAGUAAACUGCCAAAUUUAAAAGCACUUGCUCUUCAUUCUAUGGAUAAGUUGGAGUACAUGGAGACGAACAACAACACCGACACAAGCAAUGCAGACACAAGAACGUUCUUCCCCUCACUUCUAACUCUUGGAUUAUAUGGUAUGGAAAAGUUGAAAGGAUGGUGGAAAGAGGACCAACCAGGGAUUGAUGGUCAUCGUCAGAGUUUCGGAUUUCCCUUUCUAUGUCAAUUAACGAUUGGAAGAUGCCCGAAUUUGACAACAUUUCCUGCCUGUCCAAGUCUUGAAGAAUUGGAAUUGUAUGACAACAAGAUGUUGUGGAGUUCCUUUCCUCAAAACCUCCGCAUUCUAAAAUUCAAGUACCUAUCAAAUAUGACUAGUCUUCCGGAGGGAAUUCAGUACUUGAGCUCCCUUCAAAGCCUCGAACUAUUUAGGUGUGAUAGAAUAAAAGCCUUACCAGAAUGGAUAAGCUGCUUAUCAUCUCUUCAAUCCUUGUCCAUAUAUCGUUGUCUCGCCCUCAAAACACUUCCAGAAGCAAUGCGAAACCUCACCACCCUUCAGAGACUUUACAUAGGAAGAUGCCGAGAUCUAGAAGAAAGAUGCAAAAAACCCAACGGAGAAGACUACCAUAAAGUUCAACACAUUCCUAGCAUAUCAUUGUCUAUUGACGGUCGAUACUGAAACUACAGAGGUGUUACACGGUUAGAUUGUGGAAAUAAAUGACAACUAAAAGAAGCAUAUGGAGACAAGAAGUUGGUGAAUCUGCUUCCAGCUUCCUAUUUUAAAUGUCAAAAAUGGUAGUUCCAAACUUCCCAUGCUUGCAAAGAAUGCACUAGCAAUGCAGCAGGUUAUCUCGAUAAUUACAAGUCGUCAAUGAGAUGGAUGUUUCUGCUUCUGAGUUCUGAGUUUUACAAAUGACAAAUAAAUAUUAAGCAUGAUGUUUUAUGGAGAAUUUUAGCCUUUAUGAAACAUACCAAUAAUGAGAAAGAUAGAAAGUGGCUUACUGAAUUGUAAAUAGGCUGUCUUUGUUUUUGGGCCUUUUGGCUUGGUGGAGUACCUUCCUAGAUCUCCCAUUGGGUUUUGUAAUAGAUAGUGAUGUAAGGUGUUUGGUUUGACAAGUACUGAAAUCUCCUUUUAUUGAUGAAACAAAGUAACUUCCUCUGUUUUUGUUACUUGCAUCAUUUGUGUUGGCAGGACCAAGAAGAGGAGAGAGAUAAAUAAACAAAUUUCAUGUGAACAAUAUAAGUAAACAAAAGC